CCAUCCUUCCCAACCGUACAGAAUCAAGCACGAGAGGACCAUGAGUGCGCUGUCGUCUCUCACUCCCGCCCAACGGGAAGCCCUGAUGGAUGGGCCGGCCGCCACCCCUCCAGCGGGUCAGGUCUCCAAUCUCGUCGACCCUCCGAACUCGCAGGCCGCCGGGCGUGCCGUCCAUAUGACCCUGGUGGCGUUGACCUCCAUCUUCUUUAUCGUUCGCGUCUAUACCAAGGUGUUCCUGAUCCGGCACAUCAGAAUGUCCGAUUAUAUGAUGUUUAUCUCCUGGGGACUAUUCAUGGGCUACAUUGCCCCAGCGUGGAUCGUGGGCGAUGUCGCCCCGGGAGUCGACCAGUGGAAUCUCACCGUGAGGAAUUUUAUCACCUUGCUAUACUAUUUUCAUGGCGCAGCCAUCAUCUAUGGACUCAGUAUUUGUUUCGCCAAAGUCUCGCUUCUUCUCCAGCUGCUCGAGAUCUUCGGUCAAGGAAGAGACUUCUUCUGGUGGUGCUGCUAUGGCACGAUCGCAUUUAAUCUGGUCUUCUACACAAUCUGUGUCUUUGUUCUGAUCUUUUCCUGCGACCCCGUGUCCAAAGCCUGGAAUAUCUUUGACGCGGGAACGUGCAUGAAUACGCGCCUGUUCAACAUUUUUGCAGCGGUCGUGAAUAGCAUCUCAGAUCUCGUGGUCUUGAUUUUACCCCAGAUCCGCAUUUGGGGACUCCAAAUGGCGCUUCGUCGGAAGGUCGCCAUCUCCACCGUAUUCUUAUCUGGAGUCCUGGCUUGUGUGGCGGGCAUCGUGCGGCUCGCCUAUAUCAUAUUACUGUUCAAAACCUCCAACAACAUCUCCUACUUCAGCUACGUGGUCGGCAUCUGGACCCUUCCGGAGAUGGCAUUUGGAAUCAUCGCGGGCUGUCUGCCGUCAUGCCCGAAAUUCUUCCAGGCUGUGUCGCAGAGCGCGGCAAGGUCGAAAUGGGGUAGUUCCUUGCAGAACAUUCGGUCCGGGGCUGGAAAGCGCAGUAAACAGUCCUCCAACGAUUCUCACACGGUCGACAGCGAGGCGCAGCGUCCCAAGGGGAAUGAGCGCCGAGGACCACCCGAUCAGUAUCCCUUGACAUCGUUCGCGAGCGCCCCCGGAACGACCGAUCUGACAGCCAUAACCCGCAUGUCAACCUCCUCCGCCAGAGGGUCAGACUCGCAUGGAGCAACUACUACUAGUCGCUGACGCGUGAGAGGAAAAGAAACAAAAAAAAA